AUGUUGCUCAGUGAGCGCAUGGUAGCAUCUCCGCAGAGGGAAACGGCAAUGGACCGCCUUUUGAACUCUCUCGAGAACCAAGGAAUGAAUAUGGAACGCCAGGAAAAAGAUGAGAAGGAAGGGACGGCUCCCGUGCCAAAGGUGGCGCGACUUCUGCGCGAUGGGCAGGGAAAGUUUAUGUAUAUUGGUGAUUCGGCGAGUUUGUCGUUCUUACAGAGUCUGCGCCGUGUUGUUACGUCUUCCAUUGGCCGAUGUGAGUUUACCGAGGACAACUCGCGACACUCAAUGCUCGAGGCCUUUCAGGGCAACCCAAGCACUCAGUCCGGAGCUCUAGUUGCGCCACCAAGCAAUCACGAAGCCCAACGACUAGCUCGUCAGUUUGUGCUUGCUACAAGCCCGUUGCUUGACUUAUUUGAUCUGGAGGAAUUUCAUCCACGGCUAGCUAAUUGGGUUGCAAACCCAUCGGGUGACGAAGAUACCGUUAGCUCGAUUUUCUAUCUUGUCCUUGCCAUUGGAGCUCAGGUUUCCGAUAUUGAUCAGACAGUAGCUGAGCAAUAUUUUGGCAGCGGCCGUCAGUUGGCGUUCUCGGCCUUUCAGGAAACCCCAAGCAUAUCCACCAUUCAAUCAUACGUUUUGGUUUCCAUGUAUAUGCUCGGCGCAUGCAGGCGCAAUGGUGCAUUCAUGAAUCUGGGAAUUGCUCUGCGUGCUGCAUACGCGGUAGGAAUCCACCGCAAGGAUGCAAAUGCGCUCUUUUGUGGGCGUGAGCGCCGAGCAAGGGAGCGCGUUUGGAAGAGUCUUCGUAUGAUGGAUCUAUUUCUCAGCGCCUCCCUGGGACGCCCUCCCGCAACUUCAGAUUACGACUAUGACAUACGGGAAGAUGCUCUUAUAUCAGGCGAAUCACAGCACCAUUUGACUGUAGACCAACAGCUUUCAGCUGCGGUGAUCUCGCUUUGUCGAAUAUUCGAACGGAUCUUGACCGAUGUAUACAUGAAGCAAGUCAUCUCGAUCAAUGUUGCAGAGAUGAUAUCGAACCAGCAUCGGGCUUGGGUUCGCACUCUGCCAGCAAUCCUCAAAAUGCAGACUGAGCGGCUCGAACACAAAUCCAUGGAAAACAGCUUAGCCGCAGCUCAUGUAUUCGGGUCCUAUUACUGGUCGAUUAUCCUGUUGACACGGCCAUUCCUAAUAUAUCGUGUUGCCCAGUAUGUCAAGGGCAAACUCGAUUUGGCCCCCGAAACUCGAAACGGUAGCUCUCGAAUAUCAUUGUUUGCCGAUGCAUGUGUCUAUUCCGCACUCCGAGGUCUAGACGUGGUCGAUGAUCUCUGCCAUUACGCAUCCCUUCCACGUCGACUACCCUUCUUGAUCAACUCCGUUUUUAACUCUGUCAUCGUUCUCGGCGCUGCAUUCUUCGCCGACUACGAUAAUCUUCUCCCCUUGGAAGAAGGAAUGAACAAAGCCGAACGGUUUCUAGGGCUAUUUGUUCCGCACGAUCCACAUGCAUGCCGUUUCUUCCAAAUUAUCAAAUACCUCCGCGCUGCUGUAACCGAAUACGUUUCCCGCCGAAAUCGACAAUGGAUGAAUAGGCGCAGCAAACAGGUCGACCAGCUCUUCGGCCAAGUAGGCGGUGACGAGGAUCGCAACUCCCCGACCCCAGGAGCCCCACCUUUCACUGAGCCAAGUGCUGCUCACUCAUCUGCAUCUGCAACUGCAUUAUCCCCUAAAUCUCCUGACAAAAUGCCCGUUGGAAGUCCAUCCUCCUACAUACCCUCCCAACCACUCCCUCAACCCCAACUCUCAACCGACAACGAUGUUUGGGAAGCCCUGUGCAAUGGCGCAGACCCCACCGCAGCUUUGUCUUAUGAUGCAGCCAUUUCUGCGUUAACUACCUCGGGCAUCCCGGUCGGCUGCUCUCCUGGCGGGACUAUUCCUUCCGGCCCGAUCCCAGCGUCUGGCCCAUCUCCACUUUCUGACGUGAUGUUCCCGGAUAACGGUCUGCUGUAUAUGGCUGAGGAUCUUCCAGUCUUUGGCAUCUGGGGAGAUGAGCCAUGA